AAUAUAUAUAUUCGAAAAAUGUACAAAAACAACUUUGUUGAAUCUCAAUCCUUUUUCAACAAAUAUAUGUAGUAAGCAAUGAAGAAUAAGAAAAAGGCUAACAACGAAGAUGCUGCUGCAGUAAGAUGUUAAAGAUGUUUAAAAUAUGGACAUUUAACAUAUGAAUGCAAAAAUGAAAAUGUAUAUCUGUAUAGACCCUCAAGAACAAUGUAAUUUAAGUAUAAAUUUAAUGUAAAUUCUUUUAAGAGAGAAAUAAUUGUAAUAUGAAUUAAAUAAUGAAAAAGCACCAGAAGUUCCUGAUGCAUUUGAUGGAGAUUGGAGAAGAAGCACAAAAAAGAAGGUAGAAUUAGAUGUGUCAUCAGAUUCAGAUAGCAAUGAGUAAGUAUAAGUAAAAAAAGAGGGAACUACAAAUAAUGUAAAAAAAUAAAAAAGUUCAUCUUCUGAAAGCAGUAGUGAGGAUUCAAGUAGUAGUGAUAGUGAUAGUGAUUCAUCAGGUUCAUCAUAAAAAAGAAGAAAAAGUAGAUCUAAAGAGAAAAGAUAAAAAAAAUGAAUUUUAUACAUAAAAAUAAUUAUCAAAAA